AUGCCUCUCCUAGCUCCGACCAAGGGACAAAAGAAGGCGGCGAAGAGAGCUGCUAGGAAACAAGGGUCAUCGGCCACUAAGGAGGCGCCUUCGAGUAACGUAAAGUAUGCACUAGUCGGUACUGUCGAGCCUGAGCGGUUCGACACGCCUCCCAGUCGACUCAUACCUACCCAGGACAGCGCAACAUCGCCACGGGAUGUGGCUGUGUCCACUCAUCAACACUCUAGCCUUAUGUCUUCUGAAGAUAUUGACGCUGCUUCACCUACCUCAACUGCCUUACAGCAGCUACCACCAUCGAGCACUGAUGUCACUGGGUUUCAGUCCUCAGGCUCUUUGCCUACGUUGUCGCCACUGCCUUUAGAGUCCCUGGGCAGCUUCAACGAUAGCUUCACCUUCACAGCUCCCACCGGCGUUGCUACGUUUGGUGAACGCUCAAACAUCACUGACGUUUUCAAUCACGAGUAUGGAACCUCUUUACCCCAGGAUGUUGAGGACAUUGAUGAUAAUAGUUCAACUUCAGUGGCUUUCAGCGAAGCCUUCGUGAAAGAGCUAGGUAGUCCUACGUUUACGACCGCCGCAGCAUCAAGCAAAGCUUUCAAGGAAGUGUUAUCACAAAAGUCGGAUGCGACAGAGUCAUCGAUCUUCACGCGGCUCGAGGAUGCCACGAUUGACAACGGUGCAGCCCCUGUGUACAGAUAUAAGCUUCCAUCCACAGCUGCUGAUAUCGAGAGAAAGCCGGAAUUAUCGUCAGACUGUGCGAACCAUGAAUGGGCUCUUGUACCAUACUACAGGUCUAGGCCACUGAGCCUUACUGUGGGCUACAAAAUGGACCAAGAUCUUGACGAGAACGGCACCGACCUGUCACUCGAGAGCAUACUCCGUGGUCGGAUGUUCCUAGCAAACGCGGAUGGUGUAGUCCAAUGCAUCGCCUACGAACAGCUUCUACAUGACGUGGAAACCAUCAAGGAUGAUGGUGGGUCAGACUUUGAGUCGGUCGCUUCUCCAAUCAAAGGUAUCCUCGAACAUUCCAACGGCGCACACGACAAGACCUCCGAGAGUAUUGACACUCGCAUCGAAGACGCCCAGUCAGACCCCGGCAUCCGCGAAAGGCUUCACGACGUGGACGACACGGGUUCAGAGGGUUCCGAAGUAUCCGAAUUGUGUGAUCGCCAAGAGCUCUCGAGCCAUACGGAAGGUUCGAAUUUCGGUUCGGACGAUGCUGCAUCGGUCAGUACUGAGAAGUGUGAAGUUGUUGCGACGCAGCAAGGAAGCCUCCAAUCAACCAUGCACUCAGGCAGCAAAGAGGAGCUUCGCGACGGAUCACUGAACGAGCUCUCCAAUGGAGAGCUUGUGGAGACAGUUUCGACUAGCCCUCAAGUACCUGUAGCUUCCAACUGCGGUUCCGAGGUGAGUGUAAUGCGUCUCGGUACGGAGCCCCUCUCCUCCUACCUUGAAUUCAUAGAGGUCGAGGAAAGCGGAAAGGCUACUCGGAAAGCCGUGGUGACCGCGUUCCUGAAGCUUGUCAACAUCGAGCGAAAGAAGCGAGGGGUUCAUGCUCUACCGUCGUUAUACACAGCACAUAGUGUACUGAGCAGUGGUGUUCUUCCGCACACAAUCAAGCUUGGUACUACGACUGUUGCUUCUUUCACCGCUCAGUUGAGCUUCGAUGAGAAAGACGAGGUCGCUAUGGGCGACGUGUGUGCGGCUUGGGAUCGAUUGGGUCGUGAGGAAGUGCAACAGCAACCGAUGGCUUCUGGAGGUAUCAUGGGUGCUUUAGGCAGGGCUCUGGGCAGGCUCGGUGGUUCGUCUCUUGAGAAGUGA